AUGGCCGCGGCCCUCGCAAACGAUUCGCCCAGAUAUCGCAAUAGUUUAAUUUGCUGUAGCCCUAGAAGUGCUGAUGUUGCUUCCAGAUCAUCGUCAUCAACGUCUGGAUGUGUCUCUGCAGACGAAAGUUGCGACUCCAACUACAUUCCCAAGUCGAUAUCCAAUAAAAAACUAAAAAUUCACAGCUCGGCAUCACGAGAAGAAAUAGAGAAAGCAAUUAAUCAGUGUAAAGAAUUAGUUUUAAACAGCCCACAAUGCUCAGACGAGCGUAAAUGGUUAGUGCGUUAUUUAGUUGAAUUACGUCUAAGAUUAGAAGAUCUGAAAGACAAUGAUGGUCAUAUAAGGCCUAAAAUUGCUAUAAAAGGACAUCACUUUGAACAACAAACAAGUACAAGCAAUAGAAAGCAGUACUGCGAUCAUUGCAGUGGAGUUAUCUGGAGUAUUGUACAAAACUCAUAUAUUUGUUCUGACUGUGGAUAUGUGUGUCAUUACAAAUGUGUGGAUGACAUAUGCAGAGUAUGCGCUCAUGUUGUUAUGACAGAGAGGGGGUCUUUCGAGAUGAAUAUUUGCCCUGAAAAAGGUUUAGCAGCCCAAGACUACAAAUGUGCUGAGUGUAGUACAGCUUUGACUUUCAAAGACACAUGGAAUGAACCAAGGCUUUGUGAUUAUACUGGCAUGUAUUUCUGCGCAACAUGUCAUUGGAAUGACUUAGCAGCGAUCCCGGCGAGAGUUGUUCAUAAUUGGGACUGGGAGAAGCGGUAUAUAUCAAGGCUCGCCUAUCAGAUGCUUAUGCUAUCAUGGUCAAGACCAUAUAUUGAUGUUGAAAAUGUGAACGCUAGACUAUUUAAUUUCAUUGCUGAAUUGGAAUGGGUACACAAAAUGCGCAAAGAUCUAGAAUGGAUGAGAAGAUACUUAUGCGCUUGUAGUGAAGGCUCUAAUCUUUUAUCACCCUUAUUUAUACAAUUAGGUGAUGUAAAUAAAAAGUAUAGUAUGGCACAUUUACAAGCAAUCAAUGAUGGAAGCUUAGAAACUCAACUGACAGAAAUAACGGAAGUUUGUCGAUCUCACAUAACAAAUUGUGCUUUAUGUUCCGGCAAAGGCUAUAUAUGUGAAGUAUGCAAGAAUAAUGAAGUUCUAUAUCCAUUUGACAGUGGAGCAAUAAUGUGUGAUAAAUGUAAUUCAAUGUAUCAUAGAGGUUGCUGGCUUCGGAAGGAACAGAUUUGUUUGAAAUGCCAACGAUUAACAGAGAGGAAGAAAUUAACAAUAACUGAAUCAAAAGAUGAUGUGGAUUCACAUUUAGAAUAUGACAUAGACAAAUUUGUUGAA